CAGGCCCCGCCUACGUGUAUAAAAGGCGGAUGCGCGGAAUCAGGCGGUCUUCUCCCACGUCAACCGGAGUACCUGCUGCGUAACACUCUACCGGAGCUUCAUUAUCACGAAUCAUGGCCGAGCUGAAGGAACGCACAUUCAUUGCCAUCAAGCCCGAUGGCGUGCAGAGGGGCAUCAUCGGCGAGGUCAUCAAGAGGUUUGAGAUGAAAGGCUUCAAACUGGUCGGCAUGAAGAUGCUCCAGGCUUCUGAGGACCACCUGAUGCAGCACUACAUCGACCUGAAGGACAGGCCAUUCUUCCCCACUCUCAUCAACUACAUGAGCUCCGGUCCAGUUGUUGCCAUGGUGUGGGAAGGCAAGGGUGCAGUCAAGACAGGCAGAGUGAUGCUGGGUGAGACCAACCCCGCUGACUCCAAGCCUGGAACCAUCAGAGGAGACUUCUGCAUUGAUGUCAGCAAGAACAUCAUCCACGGCAGCGACUCAGUGGAUAGUGCCAACAAGGAGAUUUCCCUGUGGUUCAAGGAUGACGAGCUGGUCAGCUACACAAGCUGUGCCUUCAGCUGGCUCUACUAAAACCUCUCAGCCCUGCAGCGCCCCCACACUCAUCGGGGGACCAGUGACACUCUUGCCUCAGAUUUCCUGUUUCUCUUUUUUUGCCCGUAGCCUAGAGGCCAGCAGAACUCAUGUGUGAAGUUCUUCCUGUCCCACAGUGCUCAUGUUUCCAUUCCACUCAUCGUCAUACUGUACUUGGAUGUGGUCUCUUAAGGUCCAGAUCUCUAGUCCGGAUUCAUUCCUGAUCUCAAGGCAUUCCUUUAGAAACAUUCCUCCAUCUCAUCGACGUACAGUUAAUGACUUGAAAGGGCCUUUGACUGUCGGGUUUUGUUAAACGGUGAAUAUGCUUUCCAAUAAAACUGCACACAACACAAA